UGGGAAUCCAAAAUGGCGACAGGUUCUGGGCGAAGAUGACAGCGGAUCGCACGGAACAUGUAAAUGACUGAAAAGUGAAUUCAUUUGGGAUCCAGAAUAUGGCUCGCCUUGCGGAUUACUUCGCUGUUGUUGGCUACGACCAUGAAAAAGAACAGAGUGGAUCCUCUUUUGGCUGUGGAAAGAUCCUCCAGCGCUUCCCUGAGAAAGACUGGGAAGAUGUGCCCUUCAUAUCUGGGAUUGAACUGUUCUGUCAGCCCGGAGGUUGGAAGCUCCUCUCCCGAGCUCUGGAGCCGACAUUCUUCAUUGCUGUCUUGACGGAUAUUGAGGCGGAGCGGCACUACUGUGCUGUGCUCACCUUCUCUGAGGCUGUCAAAAUGACGCCCACCCGGCCGGAUGACGUGGAAGAUGAGAUGGAGGGCGCCCUGGUGCACCACACCAUGAUGUUUGCGCCCAAGAGUCUGGUGCUGAUCUCUAGGCUGAGUUACUUUGAGACCCUCAAGAAUUGCCUAGGUCUGAUCUACACAGCCUACAUCGACUCAAUGGAUGUACCCUUGGAGACGCUGGUGGGAAACAUCCUGGGUCACAUACAGGUGCCACCGGCCAGUGGGCCUCAGAACUUGCUCAACGACUGCUCACAAGAAACUGUAGAGCAUGAAUGGGUACGUUUCUCCAUUGGUGCAGGGGACAGACAGGCGCUGCAGCCACCCCUGAGCGAUAAGCUGCCCAUCACAGGGACAAAGAUAGCCAUGCUCAUGCAGCAACUAGGUAUUCGCAAUGUAAUGUGUCUGUACAGCGCGGCCAUCACGGACCAGAAGAUUCUCUUUCACUCCAGCAGCUACACCAGGUUGACAGAAGCCUGCACCGCCUUGCUCUCGUUACUCUACCCACUGAAAUAUAGUUACGUGUACAUCCCUAUCCUCCCUGCUGCAUUGACGGAGGUGCUGAGCACGCCAACGCCGUUCAUCAUGGGGGUUCACUCGUCCAUGAAGAACGAGAUGGCCGAAUUGAUGGACGUCAUCAUCGCGGAUUUGGAUGGAGGUUGCAUCAUGGUCCCUGAGUGCAUCAACUUGUACUUGCCACGAGAGGACAUCUUCCAACGGUCACAUGAUCAUCUGACACUGAUUCUCAACCCGGAGUUGAAGUCAGCAGAUUUGGCUUUCCCCAAACCCUUGGAGACCAGUCAGCGGGUGGACAUGACGGACAAGGAGAUACGGGCCAUUUUCCUGCGGCUGCAAGCCGAGCUGCUCAUGGGCUACAGGUCCUGCCUGACACUCAUCAGGAUUCACCCGGAGCCUGUCAUCACGUUCAACAAGGGAUUAUUCUUGUUUGAACGGUCAUUGGUCGGUGAGGAAUUUCUGAGCAAGGUUCUGGACAGCAUGAGUUUCAGUACGUUUGUGAAUGACAAAGGGCCACCUUACAGGGUAUGCGACAUAUUUGACAAGUUGGUGGCCAACAUCUCAGACACGUUGAACCAGGAAGAGGGAAGCUCAGAGAAAGCCUUGAAAAACAUCCGGGAUGUGGGCGAUUACCUCUACAUCAAUGAAAACCCGACCAAGUCCACCUACCUGGAGAAGAUACCGCGGCCGACUGAGGGCGCUCACACACGCAUCAACCAGAUGCCCUUCCCCCGCCUAAAGGAGGAGCUGGUGGGCGAGGUGAUUGAGGAUGGCCUCAACAAAGCGAUCGUGCAGAGCCUGAACCAGAAGGCCAGUAAGGUCCGACAGCAAAAGGCCCAGAUCGUGCCGGCGGGACCCAAGAUCAGCAGCUUUGAGAAUCGCAUGAACGUCAUCAACAACAGUGCCCGUAGGCUGGAGGUGCUCCGGACCUGCAUCGGCCACAUCUUUGACAACAGGAUCUUGGAUGCCAAGAAGCUAUUCCCAGCAGUACUGCGCUCUCUGAAGAGCCGGGUCAUCAGACAGGCCCUGGUCAGGCAGCUGGCGCUGCACGUGCAGGAGAACCGGUCGGUGCUAGAACAGCAGCAGUUUGACAUGGUGGUCAGGCUCAUCAACUGUGCACUGCAGGAGGAUUCCUGUAGCGAGGAGUACAGUCUCUCCAUGGCCUUGCUGCCGCUCAUAACCGCCUUCUGCAGAAAACUAUGCACUGGGGUGAUUCAGUUCGCCUAUAGCUGCACCCAGGACCACCCGGUCUGGGCAAGCCUCCAGUUCUGGGAGACGGCCUUCUACCAAGACGUAGAGACCAACAUCAGGCAGCUGUACAUGUCAGAGCACGAUGCCAAGUGCGAUGCAAGCAAUGGCAUUACAGAAUCACCUGGCGGGUCAGCCAACGGCUUCAUCGCGGCCAGUGAGCGCUCCCCUUUGGACAUCGCGGCUGAGCAGCUGCGACUGUGGUCGGGGCUGGACUGCGAGGAGCAGGACAAGCUGGUGCAGAAUGAGGAGAGCAUCGUCUACAGCCAGGCCAUCCACUAUGCCAACCGCAUGGUCUGCAUGCGGGUGCCGCUGGACGUUACCAGGGGACUGAAGAACUCCAUCUGCAUGGACGGGGAGAGCGGCAGUAGCAACCUGACCAGCAGUAGUGUCAGCGGCAGUGACAGCUACAAUGACAACCACUUUGACAACAACAGCCACGACGUGUCGCACCAGGUCGUUAAGUUCAUCUGUCGGUUCGUGGACAAGGUGUGCACGGAGGCUGGGGUUGCCAGCGAACACCUCAAGAACCUCCACACAAUGAUACCAGGAAUGGUGGCUAUGCACAUAGAGACUUUGGAUGCUGUCAACCGCGAAAGCAAGAGGCUUCCUCCAAUCAAGAAGCCUAAGAUUCUCAAGCCCACGCUUCUACCAGGAGAAAGGCAGAUCAUGGAUGGCUUACGAGGCUAUCUGCUGCCGGACGGGAGAGAGGAUGGUGUGGGCGGAGUCAUGGGUGGCCCCGCCUACCUGCCGGCUGAAGGUGCAAUCUUCCUGACCUCAUACAGGGUUAUCUUCAAGGGAACUCCCAUCGACAUUCAAGCUUGUGAGCAGGUGGUGACGAGGAGUUUCCCCGUCUCGGCGUUGUACAAGGAGAAGAAGAUAAACGUCGGCAGCCUUGCCAACUCGCUUCACCUUGAGCAGUUCAUGUCCGAGGGGCUGCAAAUCAGAUCGGUCACCUUCCAGCUGAUCAAGAUAGCCUUUGACGAGGAGGUCGGGGCCGAGAAGGUGGAGGCCUUCCGCAAGAACUGUGUCCGCUACCGCUACCCGCAGAGCCUCUACCAGACCUUCGCAUUCCACGGCUCCACCAUCUCUCCGCUGCUCUCUACACAGAUGAAGCAGAAGGAGAAAAGCGCCACCUUGAGGAAAUUUGCCACCAAGACAUUCCUGAAGGGCAAGAAGGCAGUGGGGGUGGGUGGGGGCAGCGGCAGCAGCGGGGGCCACCACCACAAGUCCAAGCUGGGGCCGCAGCGGAAGGACCGCUACGUCCUGCCAGCUGAGCCCCUGGUGGCCCAACGACCCCCGUCAGCGGCCACGUUGCAGCGCCAGCUGACCGCCGCCAGCAUGGACAGCAUCGCCAGCGGCAGCCGGCCCAACAGCGUCAUGUAUGAGGAGGACGAGCUGUCCAAUUUGGGGUUAGAACCUUCACUGCGAUUGUCCAGAAGUCGGGCCGAUUCGUAUGAUUCAGAUUAUGACUUUGACUCCAAACCCAGAGGUUAUAGAAGUCACGGUGGCUCGUUCCUUUCAGUUGCAGAUCUGAGGGAGGCUGAACCGCCAGUGCGGUCCCCAAAACUAGAGAGGCCCCGCUCCAUGUCCAUACCAGCAGUGAUAGACGAGACGGACGUGACGGCCACGCUGAAACCCAUCGAUGUCCUGACGGUGGACAAACUGCAGAAGAAGCUUUACGUCCAGGACUACUACAGACUGGGCUUUGGCAGCCCUGGAGGAGGGGGCAUGAUGAGGCCCAAGCCAGGGGAAGCCUUCCGCAUCUCCGAGGUCAACAUCCACUUUGAGGUCACCAGAAGUUACCCGUCCCUGGUCGUGGUGCCCUCGGCGCUGUCAGAUGACAGCAUCCGGCGGCUGGCCAAGUGCCACCGCCAGUACCGUUUCCCUGCAAUCACCUGGCGCCACCCCAGCACCAAGGCCCUGUUGCUGCGUUCCAGCGGCUUCCACAGCAAGGGGGUGAUGGGCAUGAUCAGCAGGACAGCACAGAACCCCAGCACCAGUGGGUCGUCUGACACCAGUACCAGCAAGAGCCUGGAGCAAGAGAAGUACUUCACUGCCGUCGUGCUGAACACACCCUACGGCCACUCCUACAAGUCAGACUCCCUCGUCAGUCUGAACUCCAUCCUGCCCCCCUCCAUCACCCUGGAGCCAGACUCCACCCCCAACAUGGGCUCCCGCAAGGGCCACUCCUCCGGAACGUUGAUACAGCGAGGCUUCAUGCGGUCCAGCGGCGGGAAAUCGGGGCCGAAACCAGGGCUGAUAGACAGGUCCUUAUCGACACUGAAACGAGGAGCAACGCUGGGUAAAUUGAGCAGCUUCCGGUCGAGCGGGUUCAACACGGGCUCGGCUAAGAACCUUACCCUCGCCCCGAAUGCAGUGAGCCGGAACGGAUCGGUGACGGACUACGACCUGGGAGCCAAGAAGGACCAGGACCCGCGCAAAGCGGCGCUGUAUAUCUUCGGAGAGAAGUCCCAGUCCAGGCCUUUCAAGUUAGAGCAGUUCAACAAGUGCGACUUCAUCCCCUACGACUUUCACGAGACCCGCCAGACCAAGCACAGCCUGAAGAAGCUGAUGAAGGCCUGCGUGCCCAGCACGGUGCUGACCGACCCUGAGUGUGGCUUCCACAAGCUGGUGGACGAAUCGGAGUGGUUGGUUCAGAUCCAGAGUAUUAUGCAGCUGGCUGGUGCGGCGGUUGACCUCAUGGACCUUCAGGGAUCGUCUGUUAUGUUCAGCUUUGAAGAAGGCUGGGACUUCACAACUCAGGUGGUGUCGUUGGCCCAGAUCUUGAUGGAUCCAUACUACCGGACCCUGGAAGGCUUUCAGGUUCUGAUCGAGAAGGAGUGGCUGGCAUUUGGCCACCGCUUCACCCAUCGGAGUAAUCAGACCAUGGCCUACCAGGCCAGUGGGUUUGCGCCGGUAUUCCUGCAGUUUCUGGAUUGCGUACACCAGGUGCACACGCAGUUCCCCAUGUCCUUUGAGUUCAACCAGUAUUUCCUGAAGAUGAUUGCCUUUCACCACGUCUCCAAUCGUUUCCAGACGUUCAUGCUGGACUCAGAGUACGCGAGGUUUGAAGCAGCAACCCAAGUCUUUGAGGACCGGAAGCCUACAUCCGAGGAGUCCGGUGAUCUCAGCAAGUCGAGGAUGCCCAUGAGAUCCUUCUGGGAAUACAUCCUUAAGAUCAACUGCAAGCAGCCGCUGUUCUACAACCUCAUGUUUGCUCCCCACACCCCGGUCCUGAGGCCUUACACCAACAUCUCCAGCCUGCGCAUCUGGGAUUUUUUCACCAAGGAGGAUCUGGCGGGUGGUCCCUCCUUUGACCGGGAGCUUUUUGACCAGGCUACGGCCGAGGACAAGGACAUGCCCCUGGUACCAUCGGACCGACGUGUCAUCAAUAACUGCUACGACAACGUGGCCCAGGCUGAGCUCGACAUGCACAUGUGGUACCUGGAGGAGAUGAUGCAGUUGGAGGGGGACCUGGGGCGUACCCCGCAGCACUGGAAGACGAGGCUGGACCGGGCCCAGAAGGGCUUCCCCAGCCGAGCCCGGCGGAAGUCGCUGUCCAUGAAGGAAGCCCAGCAGCAGAGCAUGUCAGCUCACAAGAAGACCACCAUUGACAUCUUGGUCAAGGGCAAGAACAUCACCGAGCCCCAGCCCAGAGGAUUUGCCUUCCAACACCGCUUUGAGGCCCACUCCUACAUGACACCCACGGACUGUGACCUGUGCUCCAACCUGCUCUUUGGGGCUGUCAAACAAGGCUGCAAAGGAAUGAAGUGCCUGGAUUGUGGCUACAAUGCACACGAGGACUGCGUGCCCAAGGUCCCCAAGCAGUGCACACGCCGAGGGUCCACCAAGGAGCCCAGCUCAGGCCCCUCACGGCCCACCUCGGAUGAGGUGACCAGUGCCGGUACCCCUGUUGCACCAGCAGGUGUGUCAGGCUAUGAGUUAUUCUAUGCCAAGAUUGGCGAGACGAGGACCCACGAGGGAUACCUCUACAAACGGGGUGCCCGACUCAAAGGUUGGAAGCAGAGGUGGUUUGUCCUGGAUUCCCAGAAGCACCAGCUGCGAUAUUAUGAGACCAGGAAUGACCCCCACUACAAGGGUAUCAUUGACCUGAAGGAGGUGGAGUCAGUCCAGCCUGCCUUCCCCACAGCAGGUGCUCCCAAGAAGUGCGACGAUAACGCUUUCUUUGACCUGAAGACCACCAGGCGGGCGUACAACUUCGUCGCCGACACCAAGGCGGCCGCGGAAGAGUGGAUCAGCAGAAUACAGGACUGUGUGUCGUGAUGAGCGCCCUCGACCGCUGUCGUGCCAUUAGACUUUUUUGUAGUGCUCGGGUGCAGUUGCAAUGUAUGUUCUCCCGACUUCUCUGUUGUGCUGGAAUCGUCUCAAACACCGGUGUGUUGCCACGUGGAGCGCCCUCUAUUGACCAAGUUUGUUUUGUUAUUAUUACCUUGCUGCGUUCAAAAGUUCCUGCUGCCAGUUGGAAGUAAUGCAUGUACUUCAGGAGCCACUGACUAUCAGAUUAGCGACUUCUCUCAGGGGCAUGCAUUAUUCCACACCGUAGCCCGCUGAUUCGGACGUAGUCAUGUUGAAAAUUUGACUUACUUUUCUGUGUGUUUCAGUUGACAUUGAAUGGCAAUAACUUUUAGUUACGCAUUUUUUAUGUGUGAAUGUAAGCAAUCAGUUCGUUCAGGAUUUAUGCUUAAAUUAAUCACAAUUUUUUCCCCAAAUGUUGGUGGAAUUUGUGCCAGGUCUCGAUUGUUGCAAAAAUCAUCAAUUUGUCUUGUUUUAGUGUUUUUGUCAGACAUUGUUUUGUGUCGCAACCAAGAAGUUUCAUUUCCAUGCUGCAUUUGUGAACUGUUGUGUAAAGUACAGUUUGUAGGCUGUUGGGAGUAGUGAUUUUACUGAACGGAUGACCAAACUGAUACAUUUCUUUUUUCUUCCAUAAGCGAAGUUGUAAAAAGACACAUUUUCCCACUUGUCAGAUGGAGUUGCAGUGCGUAGUGCCACAGUACAGUACAAUGUAGUCAGUCUAGAGCCAUUUAAAAAAAAUAAUUGCCAUGAUUCAGCCGUUUCAAUGCUGAAUUUUUCUUAUGGACGAGUAGUCAGCCUUGAUAAGGCCAUGAAGAAGUUUAAUUUUGCUCUUGCCUACAAGAAAAAAAAUUGCCAUGCAUAAAACCGUCAAACCGCUUCACGCGAAGCUUGAGAUGGGCACGGUCCGGCCAAAAAAAUCGCUACAAAUGAAACUCGUUUUUGAAAACUUUUUGUAGAAGACGAUUGGUGGCUGCCUAGCCUCCAAACCUACUGCAGGGUAGAAACUUACAGAGGUUUGUGUGCUCACUGUAGAGGAUUGAAUCCAGGGAUGUGGGCCCGGCAAGCACUAGUCGAGCCGGGGCCCGGCUGUAGACAGUAGACGUUUCAAAGGUUUUAACAAGUGCUCUGUGCUGUACAUAAUUGUUGAUAAUAUUUGCUAUCUUGAGUUCUACUUUUUUUUUUCCGGGGGAAGGACGAGGAGAUGGGAGAGAUUGCUGAGUAUAUAAUGAAAUCAAAACAUUAAUCAGCAGUAGGAUCAGUGAGAAGGAAUUUUUUUUUUUUAUUUAACAUGGCCCUCCCGAUUGAGGGGUCUUUUAUUAUGCCACGUAUUUCUCCCAGACUGACACCAAGACGGUCAGUUAUUUUUUUGUCUAUAAUCACAAUUUGUGUACAAAAUAAAGUGGGUGGUACUUGUAAAUACGAUGAAUAUUAAUUAACCUAGAUAUAUUACCAUUGAUGAAUAUUUUAUUUAACUGAUUUUUAAGAAUUUGAGAAAAAAAUAACUGAUAAUAAUGUGUAACCCUCUAUUUCGAGUUUUUGAAUGUGGAAAGAGUAUGACAUACAAGAAACUUUUUUUUUUAUUCUUGCGAAACAAGCAUCGCACAAGUUUUAGACGUAGCUGCUUCAGAGCCUGCGUAGGAAGUUCUUUUUAUAUAGAAACAUCCUUGUUUAGUUACCAGAUGGCACCGCGCCGUACACAGUGGUUUUUCUUCCAGACAGUAAUGGGUGAAAAAAUUAUCAAACGGCAGUGAAAUAUCACACUUCUGACAAGCACAGACAACCAAAAAUCAGUCUCACUCUUCACCCUCACACCCCAACCCCAAUCAAAAAAAAUGGCCAGAUUUUUCUUCCAAGGAAAGGUCACCAGCCAAUCCAACUGGUAAUCCAACCUUUCAAAUGGCAAGUUGCUCCACGCAGUGGUCAGUUUUCCAGUAUCCCAUGUUUUCGUUGCUGGGCUCCCCGUUCACUGUACGGAGAGUCCCAAUUUUGUUCAGACUCAGUUCAAGGCAAGUGAAGCCUUGUCCAUUUUACUUGGUUGCGGCUUGAAACAACACGCAAACCCCCAUUGGUAGAAGCGACAGCCACUGCCAUCGGAUCAUGUUACUUCAAGCCACAGCCAAGCAGUUCAGCCUAUAGUUCAGUGGAAAUACCCGCACUGCCAGUGCAUCUGACAGCAAGGGGUAGAACUAGAAUUUUUCUCCAACAUCACGAUGUACUCCAACCCUCUCUCGAAACCCAUCACAGACUGCCAUCUUUGCCUGCUUUGUCCCAAUACACCUGCUCCCCACACCCAGCCCAAAGCGCCCAUUUAUCCUGGGCAUCUAUUGGCCCUUCUGCCCACCACCCCACCCAUUCAUACAGAGCGGUACCCUAACAUAUCCCCCGUUGGACAUUUUCUUGACAUCCCGACCGAUGUUCUUUCCUCUGGAAUUUGACGAUAAUAAUAUUGGGUGACAAGAAGAAACCGAUGAACCAAUAAAGUGCCAAAUUUUGUUUCCAGUAUAAGUCUGUAAAGUAGGUGACAGAUUUGCACGAUUGUGCACAGACAGAUUACAGAAACAUAAUUGACGGGUAUCUGUGCCCCUUAGAAGUUGAAGGGGAAUACUUCAGUGGGUGGGUGAUGGGUUUAUCCCGAAAAGUCUUGUUGGUGUGAUACCUUGAGAGCUACUUGACAUGAUGGACUUCAAAGUUUGUGGCUUGCUCUUGGUGGUUCCUAAGAGGCUUUUGGGGCCGAAAGGUCAAGGUGGCUAAAGCACAAAUCAUGUCAACGUGUUACCUCGAGAACUACUUGACAUUAUGUUGGAAUCAAGCCGUUCAGCCCUUGCAUGGCAGUGCAGCAUUUGUCGGUGCUGUCGUAACCACAGAAAUGUUGUCCAGAUCCCGGAUUGCCCCCCCCCUCCAGGUUCCGGAGCACCUCUGUGUCUUGUUGCCUACGGAGGUAGUCCAAGUUGUGGGCUACAUUUACUAGACUUUUGCCACCAUUGCUUUCAACUCUUUACAGUUUUGUUCGAAAUUUUGAAAAUUUGGAGCGGAAUUCAAUUUUGUACUUCUGUUGCUUUUUGGAAAAAAUGCUAUUUAUUAAUAGAUAAGAUUUUGAUAAAAUAUGAACAGUUAAUAAUAUGUAGUUGAAAUUUCAUAGUUGACUCUUCACGGUGAUUUUGUGACCAGUAGAUGUCUAGCAACUUGGCACACUUCCCAUUUGCGAAUGGCGCUGAUAUACAAGAUUAGUUCCUAUCUGCACUUUUUAAAUUCUUUUGUACAUCUUGCUUCGAUGUUGACCCUUUUUUAAACGACGUGAUUCUUUAUUUAUUAUGCCCUCAGUUUGUUGCCCCUUUGUUUUGUGUAUCCGAUUAAUUUAUUUGGUCGAGCUACCGCGAGUUCUGCGUUUGGAUGGCAUCACAGGCUGGCAACUUUGUGAGCAGAGAAUAAGGGCGCUUGAAAGGUUAAUAGACAGCGUGAGUUUCCCGACUGGACUCGGGUCUAACCUUGCUUAAGGUUAUAAUUGACAUGAGGAUUUCUUCGAAAUUGAAAGAAAAAGGAAAUUCAAAGUUAAAGAUAUUGCAUUUGUCCAGCUGCAAGUGCACUGAAUGAACUGGCGUGGCCGAUUAACCAGAAAUUGUGGGUAGGCCAAGAAGUGCGGUGGGACAGUGAUAGCAUUUUCAGGCGGGUAGUUUGCCGAACAGUCUUUGCUUCGUUCUACCAGACACAAGGCAAAUGCCACCCGUAGUAACGAAGCUGCAGAGGCCUGAAACGGUUCUCCCCAAAGUCGAGUCCCUUCGCAGGUCCCUUCGCAAGUUCCCUCACAAGUCUGUUCACACGACCAGUCGUGAGUACUCAAAUGAGCAAUGUCAGAGGAAAGCUUUUUGUCACCGUUUUUGCCUGUUCAUUUGAAUAGCUCAUGCCAGUUCAUUUGAAUAACUCAAAAACAGUUUAUUUAGACUCGACAACUGGUGGUGGACUCGACUACAGCAGCCGACGCCCUUCUUUCCGUUGCGUGUUAUGCAUGACGUCCCAUGGCUAGCAGCGUCCGGUUUUAAAAGAGCAAUAAUUUCGAGUGAUGCGGAAACGAAGCCAUAUAUAUGUUGGCAGUUUGUAAGUGAGGGUAAAUAUUGAGGCAGAAUAUGUUCAUUACGAGCCCUUUUCCCACUUCGUAGUUAGACAGUGAUCGAUCACCUUAAGUACCUGUACAGCGUAUUAUUAAGUGCAAUUUAUUAACUAUGAAGAUUUCUGUUUUUAUAAAGGAUUAAUAUUGUGAUAUUAAAAGAAGGCAUCCACUGGUUUAAAGCGUC